CCCCCCCCCCCAAAACUUGCCGUGUCCAAGCCGUCGCCGUCGCCGCUGGAAUGAUCGGCGGCGUCGGCCGCAGCAGGCGGCGUGGCCGUGCGCCGCCAGUUCUGCCCUCGAGCGCCGCCGCCCGCCGCGCCGAGCACUCCGUCUCUUGCUGGUACUGUGACUGCAAAAUAUAUUCCUUCAAUGACAUCAUAUUUAAUUUGGGAUGGAGAUAUGCUAGAUACAUGAGAGCAUGGUUUUCUGCAGGGGUUUAUUUCUCUGUUGUUGCUUUAGUUGGAAUAUCAGUGAUGCUAUUGUGGGACUCAAUUGGUGCAGUUUAUUUCAGUGGUCGGUCAUUUAGUACCUGGCUACAAAAUCUACUGCAUGCCCUUAAUCUAUUGCAGGCUUCCAGCUUUGGCAUAUCAAUAAUGGACAUCGCAGCAAUCAUAGCAUCAACAGUUUUUUCUAUUGCUUUUCACGAAUUUGGACAUGCUGUUGCAGCUGCAAGCGAGGGCAUACAGAUUGAGUAUGUUGCGGUAUUCGUAGCUGCACUUUUUCCUGGGGCAUUAAUUGCUCUGAACUGUGACCAGCUGCAAAAUUUACCUCUUUUUUCUAUGCUUCGGAUUUAUUGUGCAGGGAUUUGGCAUAAUGUUAUGUUAUGUGGAGUAUGUGUCAUCAUGGCAUUAUUACUACCUGUGGUGCUGUAUCCUCUCUUUGUGACUGGUGGUCUUAUGAUUACAGGAGUCCCAGAAGCAUCUCCUCUGUCAGGAUACUUGUCUGCUCACAAUUUUAUCCUUUCUGUGGAUGGAUUGAACAUAACAAGAGCUGAUGAAUGGAUGAAAAUGCUUACUCAGGACAAUGUAGUACAAAUAAGCAGCCGUGAUCUCCUUGAAGGCUCUGAAGGCUAUCGUGCCACUGGUUCUAGAAAGGGUUACUGUGUUCCCAACUCAUGGAUGGAUGCAAGCAAGAAUCUUUGGCAGAUAAAUGACAAGCUAUCUUGCCCAGAUGAUCUGGUAGCCUUUCAAAGAAUGAGUGAGAAAGGUAUUGGCAAGAAGGAAGUUGAAGACAAAUAUUGUUUGAUUGCAAAAGAUGUUGUCAAGCUUAAAAAAUGUGGAAAUGGAUGGCGGGGGGCCGAAGAUGGCAGAAGCAACUUUGCAUGUUUGGAGGAUGAGUACUGUUUGGUGCCUGUUCUAGGCCCUGGGAUUUCAUGGAUAGAGAUCUCUUAUGCCAGACCUUAUUCUUUGGAGUGCUUACAGAAAGAAAGGAACUCAUCAUUGCUGCAUGAUGGAAAUAAUAACCCUGGAUUGGGUCCUUGCCAGGGAACUUUUGUUUAUGCGGGUGAUCUGUUAUCAGCAGCACAUUCUAUUAAGUUAUCCUCUUACCGACCUCGAUGGCCUCUCUUGCUUUUCAUUGCAGAUGUUCCUCGUAUCUUGCAAGAUGGUUUAAGUUGUUUAUUUCGUGUGUCUGCAGCAUUGGCUGUAGUCAAUUGCUUACCAGUGUACUUUCUUGACGGGGAAGCGAUUUUGGAGACUAUGUUAAGCUACUUUUCUUGGUUUACUCGGAGACAGCAGCGCAAUAUUCUUAAGGUUUGCCGCUUUUUGUGGACGAUCUUGUCCAUUGUUUUGUUCUCAAGAACCCUGUAUUCCAUGACACUAUAUUAUGGCUUUGUAUAACUCCUUUAUAUGGAAAUGUCUCUUUUUUUUUUUUGAGUUUAUCUUAUCAUAAUACCAUAGAUCUGAUCAACUGUAUGAGAUCAUACACAAUACUGGUAAUAUGUAAGACGGAUGCUCUCCUGGUCUCCUGACAAAAUUGCAGGCCAGCAUUGUUACAGAACAAAGUGGCCUUAACUUUAGUGAGUUUAUGAUUAAAAUUUAGACAAUUCCCGAGCCCUCAUGCUUGUAGAAUAUUUUGACCCAAGAUAUGAGUGGGUUUGUGGGUAUGCACCUCA